AUGAGCAACUCCCAUAAACAUCUCCAUUUAUCUUCCCAUCAUGAAGCAGAAGAUAACAAUACCACACAAGCUAAUUCAAUAACUCCCAAUGUAUCCUCAGUCCUUCACAGCAGAGAUCUAUCCACCAAUACUGCUGCUAACAAGAAGUCUUCAUCUAGGCAAUCACUGAUUGUCAGAAAAAGAGCUAAACAGAAGCGUGGGAAACAUUUUAAAAAUAAAUCUGAUCUUUCUUUGCAUGAAAGAAAUCACAGAGACAAAAAGCCAUUUUCAUGCACAGAAUGUGAAAAAUCUUUUUCCAAGAAAUGCCUUCUAGUUGAACAUCAGAGAACUCACACAGGAGAGAAACCAUAUUCAUGUUCAGAAUGUGGGAAAUGUUUUACUCGGAAAUCCCUUCUCGGGAGCCAUCUAAGAGUUCACACAGGGGAGAAGCCAUUUUCAUGUUCAGAAUGUGGGAAAUGUUUUACUCAUAGGUCAAGUUUUAUUCGGCAUCAGACAACUCACACAGGGGAGAAGCCAUUUUUAUGUCCUGAAUGUGGGAAAUACUUUGCUAAGAAAUCAUUGCUCACAACCCAUCUAAGAACUCACACAGGGGAGAAGUCAUUUUCAUGUUCAGAAUGUGGGAAAAGUUUUACUCGGAAAUCCCUUCUCGGGAGCCAUCUAAGAGUUCACACAGGGGAGAAGCCAUUUUCAUGUUCAGAAUGUGGGAAAUGUUUUACUCAUAGGUCAAGUUUUAUUCGGCAUCAGACAACUCACACAGGGGAGAAGCCAUUUUUAUGUCCUGAAUGUGGGAAAUAUUUUUCUAAGAAAUCAUUGCUCACAACCCAUCUAAGAACUCACCCAGGGGAGAAGCCAUUUUCAUGUUCCGAAUGUGGGAAAUGUUUUACUCAGAAAGUGGAUCUUCAUAGACAUCAGAGAACUCACACAGGGGAGAAGCCAUAUUCAUGUUCCAAAUGUGGGAAAUGUUUUGCUCUAAAAUCAGGUUCCCGGGUGCAAGAUUGUCAUACAUGA